AUGUGGAACGACGAAGACAACAACCCCUACGGGUCCUUUGAUCGCCACUCGGAAGCCGUUAAUGAUCAUUUCCAUGGCUCACCUGGAUCUACCACCUUCGACCCCCCCUCUACCCCUCAGUCUUCAGCCUCAACUUUAGAUCCCCCCCCAGAUUAUGUAUCGCGGUUAGAUAGCCCUAGCCCUGAUGUUGCAGACUCAGACGAGGGGAGGAGAUAUGCGCAUUCCGAACAGAAUCAAGGAUACCCUCGAAACAAAGGGGUCUAUCAAAGCCGAAUAGAGCAGAUACUCUACGAGAAUCCAGAGCUUCCAAUUCUCAUUACGGAUGCGGGUAAAAACCACGAGAGCGGAGGCAGCUUCAUUGUGUAUACUAUACGGACAGGGGAUCUGGAAGUUCGACGUCGAUACUCUGAAUUUAGUUCCCUCCGCGCCACCCUCAUUAAUCUUCAUCCUACCCUCAUCAUACCUCCAAUUCCCGAGAAACACACAAUGGCAGAUUAUGCGGCGAAACCCACCAAGGCUAAGGAGGAUACCUCCAUCAUUGAUUUGCGAAAACGCAUGUUGGCUGUCUUCCUUAACAGAUGUCGGAGGAUGAAGGAGAUUCGGGAGGAUGGGGUGUGGUGGAGGUUUCUGGAUCCAAAUGCAAGUUGGAACGAAGUGCUUCAUUCGCACCCCGCCUCCUCUGUUCCCAAGAACAAUCUAAAAGCGCCUCCGCUUGACCCAGCAAACCCGCAACCUGCGCAUGCCUGGCUUCCAAUUCCGUCGUCUUCUGCCAAAUUGAAGUUUUCUGCCGCCAUGUCUCCACCUUCUUUAGAUAAUGCUACGUCUUCAGGUCCAGGAAACGGGUCCUUCCUAAGCCGAUUCCCUCCAACAUCCCGCAAUCUAAGUGAAGAAGAUCUAGAUCCAUACUUUGUGAAUUUUGAGGUGUCAACCCGUGAGCUUGAACUGCUCUUGCAAGGAAAUAUUGAAAAGGUCAACCGGCGCACCUUGACGCAUCUUUCGUCACUUUCGGCUGAUCUAAUGGAGCUUGGGGCUCGAUACAAUGGAUUCUCACUCUCCGAGCCUUCCGCAACUGUUGCUGCUGCUAUCGAACGAAUUGGUCAGGCUGCGGACACCUCUUAUAUUGAGACGGAGGAACUAUCUGCAACCCUUGGCGCGACAUUUGCGGAACCAAUGAGGGAGAGCGCACAAUUUGCCGGCGUCGUCCGUAACGUUUUGCGCUACCGGAUCUUGAAACGAAUCCAACAAGAAAUGACGCGGGACGAGCUCAGUAAGAAAAGAGCAUUACUGGACUCUCUAGAACGAAGCGAGCUGGAGGCCAAACGGAUCGAGCAGUAUCUUAACCGCACAGGUAGCAGCACUACACCCGCAACAUUUAAAAGAUCAUUAUCGGACUCCUCUGCACCCAGCACCCCUGAAUCGGGACCUGCUGAAGGAGCUCGAGCGAGUCCAGCAGAAGAUACCGCCUCCAUCGACUCAGAUUUCCCAUCAGGGGGAGGAGACUCUCCACAGCCAUCUGCAUCGCAGGGCCUGCCUCAGAGGACAGCGGAACCUCCCACAGCAACACCGCCAAGUCACCGUAAAACCUCGAGCGGCAACUUCGUGACAAAUAAGAUAUUUGGUCGAAUUAGCCAUGCGGUACAUGGGUUUGUUGAUGUUGACCCGGAGAGGACACGGCGAGAUCAGAUUGGGAAGACAAAGGAGAUCUUAUUGCAGUUGGAGCAAGCACUCGAAGUAUCCGAGAAAGACGUGAAGGAUGCCAGUUCCGGGGUCUUGCAAGAUCUGAAGCGAUUCCAGAAGGAAAAGGAAAACGAUCUGCGGCGGUACAUGACCCACCUCUGGACCUCUGGCGCCCUUUACUCCCAUAUCCCCAUCCUCUCCCUCCCGCGCCCUUCUUCCCUCUCUCCCUCUCUCCCCUUCUCCUGGACGUACAUACAUCCUUGUGCUCUAAACAACCCCACCGCUCCCCUCUUGCACCAUAGAGCUGCCACAGCCCGUGGUCAGCUCACUUUCACCACGCCUUCUUCAAAGAGACGCAAGGUUGCAGAGUGCAAAGUUGGAGCCCGUGGCCGCCCUUCCCGUUCUUCCCCCCAAACGAACAAUUUUUCCAGCCCUCGUUCCUCCACCAGGCUACGGCGGCGUACCAGUAACAGCCAUCUUAGCGGAUCUGCCUCUGCCUUGCCUACAACAGCAACCAUAGCAACCACAGCGCCCACAGCAUCGUCGCCAACGUCACCAUCAACGUCGAUAUCGGCAUUGACAUCGAUACCGUUCACUACAAGUCCCAUUUCCUCAACUGACGCAAGCAACGCCUCUACCACGCUCCCUUCCGCCACAACUGCUUCGUCUGGUCCAGCAUACAUCCCUGCCCACAUACAACGCGAACUCCGUCGAAAAAAACAUUGCACAAGGACUCCGAAAAAGGUUCGAUCUGCCACCCCAGGCUCUCCAGAUACCGCUGCCAGCUCUCCCAGUGCUGCCUACGCCGAACUCAGCUUGAAUACAGAGCCCUCAGCUGCUGCUGCUUCUGCUCCUGCUGCUGUCAUGGCCGCAUCUGAAGGCAUGUCGGGCUCGUCUCCUCAUCCUCAUGGAGCGGAUGAUGUCUCUGAGAAUGGUCGACAAGAAUUGCAGUCAGCCCCCGCUGUAAAGCGGCCUGCUGCUGAAAUGGGUGAGGACGACCGCCAACCUCAAGAUGUCGAAAUGGGGGCCGCUCCGUCUGGUGGCAACGAGGAGAAGGAAGUCUUGUCAUCCUACAACCCUGUUUCCAAGAGCAAGAAGCAGACGGAUCGACCCUCGAGGCAUCGUAGAGCUGUAUCUGUGGAUAUGGAUGGGCAGGAUGAUAAUUCCAUGGAGGUAAAGCAUGAGAACCCAAAGUCUGCUUCUUCCGAAGACACAGUUAGCUCGUCUUCGGAUAGCGUCUAUCCCACACCAUCCAGCAUGUCGACAUAUACCUCAUCCACACGUGAAGAUUACAAACCAUCCCAUACUCAGCCUCGCGCCAGUCAUGACAUGCCGUCAAUCGACGACCAGGUCGCCAUUGUAACCAAACUGCUGCUGCAACCGCUGAAGGAGAACCAGAAGGGAUAUGUGGUUUCUGCGAACUGGCUCGGACGUGUCCUUUCGAGGAGUUCCAAAGGAGGCUUGCCACGGGAGAAAGUCGAUAAAACUGCUUCAGAAGGAGAAAUUGGUCCUGUCGACAACUCAGAUCUUGUUUUGGUUACGGAUCCUUCCCUCUCUUACAAAGAUGAGGCUGGCGAGCUAUUCGUUCCCCUACGACCUGGCUUGCAGAUCGGAGAGGACUUCGAAGUGCUACCAGAAGACGCCUGGGAAAUGAUCAUGAAAUGGUACGGCCUCUCGAGAGACUCUCCUGCCAUUGUUCGAUUCGCUCAUGACACCGCCACGGGAACUACGGAAAAUGUCCAGUACGAGCUCAACCCUCCAAUUUUUACCAUUUUAAAAUUACCAAACCCUUCCCAAUCCCAGGCUCAGAUCGCCCAGGACAAAGCUCGUGCUCCUGUAAAAACUCUGGCUAGCAGACACACACCGUUUCAGCAGUGGUUACGGAACGUGAAAAGCUUGGCAUCUAUCGAAAUGUCUACAAAAGUCCGUGUCUGGAGAAUUCUCGAAGGGCUGAACAGCACCGCAACGUCUGGUAUCAUCACCCCUGCGGCAUCCAGAAGCACCUCCCCUGCCCCUGGCGCCACAUUGACCGCCAACGCUGGCAACAGCCUUGUGCUGGACGUGAACAAAUUCGUUGCUCUUGUCGAAGGCUCUCAACGUGAACUACUUGAAAUGAAGGACCAAACAGCCAAUCCAAAAUAUAACGGCAGCCUUACAUUGCACCUUGCCGGCCUGGGAGGCGACGAUGUCAUUGUGCUAGAAGAACAAGUUGGUGGUCCUGGUGGCGGAGAGUGGGUUGCUGAUUGCGCUGGCAAAAACACAAAUCAUCUUUCUGUUUCUGCAAUCAAGGCCGGCUCCCAAAACAAGGCUAAGGCCAAAGCUCCCGCUACCAGCGGUCGAGCCUCAUCACCCGCUGUUGGGCCCGUUACUAGGGGACGGCAGCGUAAAGACGGCCGCUCUCGUGGCGUCACUGGCUUGAGCAAUCUUGGAAAUAGUUGCUAUAUGAACUCCGCCUUACAGUGUGUUCGGAGUGUAGAAGAAUUGACUCAAUAUUUCCUCCAGGAUGAAUACAGGAAGGACCUUAAUCCAGGCAAUCCACUUUCUCAUGAUGGGAAUGUUGCUAAGGCUUAUGCAAAUCUGUUGCAUCAGUUGUUUGAUGAAAAUGGAACCUCCUCUUUUGCUCCCCGUCAAUUUAAGCAAACGAUCGGAAGAUAUGGUCCUUCGUUCUCUGGGUAUGGCCAGCAAGAUUCUCAAGAGUUUGUGCUUUUCCUUCUGGACGGGUUGCAGGAGGAUUUGAAUAGGAUUCAAAAGAAGCCGUAUAUCGAAAAACCAGAUUCUACUGAUGAUAUGGUUAACGACAAUGCUGCACUGCAACGAUUUGCUAGGAAAUGCUGGGAUAUCUAUAAGGCACGAAAUGACUCGGUAAUUACUGACCUUUUCGCAGGAAUGUACAAGUCCACUGUGGUCUGUCCCGUUUGUGACAAAGUUAGCAUAAUUUUCGAUCCAUUUAGCAAUCUCACCUUGCAACUCCCGAUUGAAAACCUUUGGAGCAAAGAAUUGUUUUUCUUCCCUCUUUAUUCCCGCCCCGUUCGAUUGGAUGUUGACAUCGACAAAAACUCCAGUGUCAAGGCUUUGAAAGAAUAUGUGGGGGAAAAAGUUAACGUCGAUACCAACAGACUUGUUAUGGCUGAGAUCUACAAGCAAAAGUUCUAUAAGAUGUUUGAUAAUACGUCAAGCAUUGCCGAUUGUCAGAUUAGUGCAUCGGAUGAUAUCGGUAUAUUCGAAGUUGAAUCCGUACCAACUAGUUACGACCCAGAUAAACCCCCCAAACGAUCUUCCUACUCCAGCCUUGUCUUCACCAGUAGCUCCGCUGACCAAGAUAUUCCACCUUUUGACUCCCCAAAAUGCGACAGGAUGCUAAUCCCCGUUUUCCACCGUACCAUCAAAUCUCAAGGCGCUAGAAUUUCACGGCAACUAUUCGGUGCUCCUUCAUAUAUUGUGGUUAACCGCGAAGAGGCAUAUGAUUAUGAUAGCAUACUGCGUAAAGUUCUGCGAAACUCGGCAAAUCUAACAAGUCGAGAUUUUCUCCGUGAAGAUGAUGGAGAUGCUGUCAUGAGCUCUAGUCCAGCUGAGGAUUCCGAUACUGUCGUUACCAAUGACGAUGACUUUGACUCCUCCGAUCCCAAGAUAAAGGUAUCUUCCGUUGACGGGGAGGACGGUCUAGUUGAUGUAUCGAUGCGGGAUGCUUCCGAUCCAUCAAGUCAAAUUAAAUCGAAAGCCAGAAAUAAUCCUGUUACUAUUCCGAAAGUUCUUCGGCCUGGUAGCUUCAUCCCGCCUAAUCUUCGCAAAUUAUUCGAGAUGAAAAUCAUGCGAUCUACUGAUGCUGUGCCCACCGGAUUUUCCUCCGUUGACGAAAUCAAAGACUUCACUUCGAUGGCCUCCAGACUGCCCAGGAAGCAGAACAAACGUGUCCAUGCAAAGAAGAAGUUCGCCAGCCGUGGAAACAGCCCUAUUAGUAGCGAGGACGAACUCAGCGGUCCUGCUCGCCGUGUUAAUAGCGCUCACUCGAAAGAUGGUCAUGACUUAUACGACUCUGGCUCUCAGGAGACCAAGGACGAUAGCUGCACAGAGAGUGGCACAGACUCUUAUCCACACAAUGCGACUCUCCUACACAAGUUUGGACGUGAGAAGCCGAAGACAUCUGCAGUCCGUAACGGACCACAGAGACCCAUUCCCCUGAUACGUGCCGGAGAGGGUAUUAUUCUGGAGUGGAAUGAACACGCAUUCGACGCUCUCUUCGCAGGUGAUCCGCGUGAAGAGGACUCCCUGCGAGGAUCCCCAACAUGGAUGAAUAUCGAUUGUGUUCCCGACCCGGAACUAGCUGAGAAACGGCAAUUGCGUCAAUCCCGGAAAAAGCGCGGGGUUAGUCUGGAUGAGUGUUUGGAUGAAUUCGGCAAGGAGGAGAUUCUCUCCGAGAAUGACGCCUGGUACUGUCCCCGUUGCAAGGAGCACCGUCGCGCGUCGAAGAAAUUUGAGCUGUGGAAGUGUCCAGAUAUAUUGGUGAUGCAUCUGAAACGUUUUAGCGCCAAUAGAGGGUUCCGGGAUAAGAUUGACGCACUUGUUGAUUUCCCGCAUGAGUUGGAUAUGACUGGCCGGGUGCAGAUGCCUGAGGAGGGCAAGAGCCUGCAGUAUGAGUUGAUCGCUGUCGAUAAUCACUACGGCGGCCUUGGUGGUGGGCAUUAUACUGCGUUCGCUAAGAACUUUUUUGAUGGGUGUUGGUAUGAAUACAAUGACUCCCACGUUUCGAAAAAAACAAACCCUUCUGCAGUGGUUACCUCUGCCGCAUACCUUCUAUUCUAUCGCCGUCGUUCUGACGUCCCUUUAGGCGGAGAAUAUCUCGCCAGCGUCACCAGAACGGCGAACAACCAAGACCAAGCCGACUCUGAUUCACAGACCGACUCCCGACAGCCGUCCCCUUCGGGGGAAGGCCAGCGCCUCGGUGGCUCCUCCCGCAGUGGGUCGUCGAGCGCAUUAACCGGAGCCGCAGCAAUUCACCAAGCGGGAGAUGGUGGUUUGCGGGGCGGAAUCCAAGCGAGGGAUGAUGACGACGUCCCAGAAUACUUCGAGCAUGGCCUAGAUGGCAUCAGCCGGAACCAUCUAGAAGACAUGGAUCUGGAAGAUGAAGGGUUCGACGCAAGCUUUGGCCCAGAGCUGAAUUUCUCCAACCACCCAAUAUGGUCAUUUGACCGUGCAGAGGUACCGUAUGGACCGUCAGGUCUCGUUUCCGCGCCCGCCAACUCCUUCUACGACGGCGACGGUGAUGAGGAUCUAGAUGACGAUGUUAGCAACAAGGCCGUUGGCGGCGGCGACAUGAGCGAUUCGGAAUCACGGCUAGCGAUGCUGAAUGACUCUGAUGAACCGGGGAUGGUCUUUGACGAUCUAGAUCCGACUACGGUACCGAAUAUUACGCAUUAG